AUGGCCAAUGCAGAAGAACUCGUUACCGACUACGAGGCCCGAGUUCAGAAAAUGGUAUGGAAAGUAAACGACAAGGAAAAAACCGUUGGGACUGAUGAUAAGAUACUGCCAAAUACCCUCUAUCAUUAUCACGACCCCAACACCCCUUGUGUCACAGAUAUCAUCACAGUACCCUCGUCGCAAUGCACAGCAAUAGCCCAUUCGGAGGAACUAGAUGGACUAAUCGAGGGGGAAGUCGACGGAAUUUCCGCAGACAACGAAUACAGCGACGCCGAAGACGAAGUCAAUCUUCAAAACCUGGAGCGUAUUCAUGAAAAUUGGAAUACCGAGGACAAAGAUGAUGAUGAUGAUGUACCAUCCUUUUAUUCUAUUUCACACCACUCCUCCUCCAACGAAGACGAAUGGGACUCUAACAGCUCAUUCGGGACGAACGAGUCUUAG